UUUCUAAGAGGGGUCAACUGAGGUUCUUAACCCAAUUCUGUUAGUAAAUAAGAUGCUUUCUUCUUUAGUGAGAUCCACUUUAUACUGUCAGCAAUCCUCUAUGUAUCACAUCAGCGCUCCUCAUUUAACCAAUGCUGACAAGUCUUACUAGAGAGAGUAACUGACGUGAGACGGUGCUUCAACCAAUUUAACAGGAUAAGAAAAUUUUAAAUGUUACAGAACUUUCCACCGUGGAGAAGCCUUACUACCAAAUGGACGACUAAUUCAAUUUGAUAACUUUUAGAAAGAAUUUUCUCUUACAUUUGUUUAUUCCAUUUCAGCGUUCAGACACUUCACAUCAUACUCAUUUCACUCAAGACACUCAAUUGUAAGUUUAAUCAUUCCCUUUAGUGCUUUGAUUUUAUUGGAAAAUUCUAUAGGUAACAAACGUAACUAGGCCUACUACACUAUAACUACUAUAAUCAAGAAUAGGCUAUUAUAAAUAUUUGAUCAAAUUCCUUUCAACAUAUUCAUAUUUUUCAAGAACAUUCAUUACUUUCUCCCCUCAAUAAAAUUGAUAUUUUGAAUAUUAUUCUUAUUUGAGAAAAUUGAAGUAGAAAAGGCUACCCACCUAGCCUGAAAAAAUAGGCUAGACUAGAUAGGCUAUAUCUGGACUGUCAUCUACUAAAAGAGAAAACAAUCUCCUUUCUUCAAAACAUCUGAAAAUCAAGCAAUGAAACAACCAUCGGUGUCAGGAUGGCUUCGAUUAGGUGACAAUUUAUUUCGAAAUUUGACAAACAGCAGCUCUCAGAUUCAGCAGGAGCCAAUACUUUUACAGUCUGAUGAGAACGAGGAGUACGAUGAAACUAGAUCAACGAUUGCUAUUGGUGCAGCUGCAGCCAUUCUGCUGCAUGCUUACAUUAGUCACUCGAGGAAAGCAGGAGUGUCAGUGACUUUCGCACUAGCAGCACUAGUAAUGACUGCAGUGAUUGCACCAAUAAUCGGCUCGAUAUUCCUGCUGCUUGCCUGCUACCGGCAAUGUGUGAUCACGCUGUUGAAAGUGAAAUGCAAGAAAGGCACUUUCGCCGGCCUCAUGAAGGGCAACGAUGCUUUCUGGGCCGUGGAGGAGGACGCGUCUCGGUCUGUUAUCAAUAUUCUGGCGCUCGCUGAUUUCAGCUUCAUCGUUGAGGCAUCCAGGAAAGGUGAAGAACCACUCAACACAGUGCAAGAACUGAUAGAAGAACGACUCCUCAGCAGCCCUUGUCGCUUUCCGAAGCUACUCUGCUACAGGCGACAAGCGAUGGGCUACUUUUUCUGGGAGCGACAACCUAGCAUCGACGUGCAGGACCACGUGCGAUGGAUGGAUUACCCCCGAGACCAACCCGACCAAUUAGUCUCCGAGAAAGUUCUCAAAAGUUUCGUUUCGUCACAGGUCAACUCUCCACUCCCCGCUUACCACGCGUCCGGCUGGGAAAUUCUCAUCAGUCGGUAUCCAUUGAGGGUGGACAAGAUAAGUGAUGAUCCGUUGGAUGCCAUGGAGUCAGGAAACCGAUUCGACAACAAGUACCCGGUGCUUUUCAGGGUUCACCACUCGCUCGGUGACGGAGUAGCUUUGAUUCGUUUGUUGCUGGAUGCAUUGGCCGAUCCUUGUUCGAGGACACCAUCUAGAACUCCUAGUCCGAUGUUUGACACACCACAAAUCAAUGAAAACCAAUUCAGAUCAACUACACCACAGAUGAACGACAACCAACACAGAUCAUCCACCCCUCCCAGCGACUUCUACAAGUCAAACAUCCUCAACAUUCCCACUGAACAAGACUUCAAGAUGAAGAAGAGCGCCUCCCUGAAUUUUGACGAUAGACAAAGCUGUGACGUCACGAAAUCCAUCACCCCCAGUACCAGCAUCAAAGAUUGUGUUCGUUUCGCUUGUAGGAAAUUCAUUAGCUUUCUCGAUGAAGCAAAUGAGAUAAAUCGCUUACACUGUCAAACUCAAAGCCUUCAGAAUAUAAAUAUCCUAAUCAACGAUCAACCAGCUGAUGAGUAUCUUUGUUCUGUGAGUGAAACCAAUGAGAAAAAGAAUCAGAGUUUUGCGAUAAGACCCACUAACCUACUAGUCUCACGGAAAGAUAGAAGGAAAUUUGAGAGUUUCUUUGUUGAAAGAGAUGAGGAGAUUGAGACAGGGGUGUUGCAGUAUUUUUGGGAAAAGUUGAAAUCGUUCAAAGGCGUUCUGUAUCAUCUGGGAGUUCUUGCGUUACUACCGGCCACAGUCAUGAACCAAUCAGUGGCGAGAACCAAUGACGACAACGCUCUUCACGGACCUCAACUGUCCGGAUACAAAGUUGUCGGCUGGUAUUUCGAGGAUGAAGACGCUGAUGAUAACACACUCAUGUCGAAGAUCAAACGCAUCCGCAUGAGGACGGGGACACAUUUCUCCGAUGUGCUACUCACUGCACUAUCUACCAGUAUGGAGGAUUAUUUCAGGCGUUUCAACGAGGUUCCUCACGAUAUCACAGUUGUAAUCCCGGCAAGAAUUGGAAGACCGGAUGAGGGCGAGUCUUCUGCCAAGGUAGCCUCAGCUGUUUUCUCUUCAAAAGAUUUGAAAGCAACUGUGACAAAACUCUACAUGGACAGGAACGCCAAACGCAACCAUUCUGUGAUUUACGAGGAUGCAAAGACAAAGCUUGACAACAAGUUCUCAGUGGCUCUACUGUCGCUCCCCAUUGCCAGUGAGACUCCAAUCAAAGAGGAACUGUUUGGGAAAUUACGUCGCGUACAGCAACGCACCGGAGUUUUGAGGAAGUCGGCCGAUUACAUUGUGAACUAUUGGAUACUGAAUGUGAUUGCCACUCUUUUCCCGGUUCCAGUUUUGAGAGAAGUGACAAAAAGCACGCAAAGUUCGAUGGUGGUCAGCAACAUGCCAGGACCACAGAAGCAGGCCAAACUGGCUGGACAAACUCUGCACAACAUUGUGUUCUGGGUGCCCAACAGAGAUUCAACAGGACUUGGAAUAUCAAUACUGAGCUAUGGAGGACGUCUCCAGCUUGGCAUAAUUGCUGACAGAGCUCUCAUUCCUUGCUCAGAGGAUGCUCAACUGGUCGUUGAUGGGGUGGUGGAAGCUAUCAACAAAAUGGAAAAGAUCUCGUCCCCCUAACCAGUCCAACUGAUGACUUCAACAGGAAAAAAAUAGAAAAACGUCAAUUCAAUUCACCACAAGUUUGAAAUACAGUGAAAAUUGUUUUGAAUACAAAAAUCAAUCGUCAAAUUCUCAAGCUUUCAGUUAUAAGUAUUUUUGUACAUUAUUUUGGAAUAAAUUGAAAAAAAAACAUCAUGUGAAAAUUUAAAUAAAUUGUUGAAGCAUUGG